AUGCGGUCGGCCAGCAGUCAUGUAUGUGUUUUUGUCGCAUAUGCUGUUCUUUAUGUAAGUAACCAAUUUAGCCCAGCAGGUCAGAUCAAUAAUGUCCUAUCUAGUGAGUUUUGUAAAAGAUCGGGCUACACCGAAGAAUUGUCUUGCAAAUUUUGCAAAGAACUAAACCUCUUUGGAUUGAAUGCUCUUAGAGAGUCUUGUCUCGCAUGCUGCGAUGUUGGACACAUAGCAUCACCCUCUAAAGUACAUUGCAGUAUCGAAGCGUUCGUGGAUAAAAUCACAGAGUCCCCAAACAUCCAAUUCAUCACCAAAUCCGGCCAUCCUCCUACAGCCAUUCUCUUGAAUGAAGAGGAUGGUGAGGCCCAAGAAAGUUAUGCCAUUGAAACUUGGGAUACCGACACCAUUGAGGAUUUUUUCCGUGAACGCCUACUAUGA